CUAUUGCCUUUCAACGACGAGUCGACGAGUGGACGACCAUGCGGAGAUUGUCGUACACCUUCUUCCCCUUUCAAGUUUCAACCGAUCGGCCGUUUUCUUUUCUUUCAACUCCCAACCUCUGAGCGUCAGGGUUUCCUUCUCUCCCCAAAAGCCCAAAUCUCCAUUCCUUAAACCCUAAUCAGUUCACAAGUCAGUACCUCCGGUGCUCUGCAUUCCCCAUGGAUUUCCGGUUUCGACGAUACGACGGCGCGCCUUCGACGUUCUUUUCUUCUGCAACUACUAGUAGCUACUUCACCGAACAAGCAUUGCGUGCCGGGUACAUAAGCGGCGAUAUCAGAGGUAAUGGUUUCGUGAGGAAUUCGGUUGACGUACAAGAAUCGAUUCAGCGAGAGAUCGAGAAGGAUAGGAUUAGAGAGGAGAUUCUCUCCGCAGAAUUGGAGCGGAGGCGGGUUCUUGAAGCAGAGGUCAGGAGAGAAUUGCAAAUGGAGAGGGAGUUGGCGGCGCUACGUAGGGCGGAAGGGUUUUUUUCUGUGCUGUCCGAGCCAAGGGUUUCAUUUAUACAUCAUCUGAGAGGCAGUAGGUUUGAGGAGAGGCUGUCUUUUCCAGGUAGCCGGGAAAUUGGGGUGAUGACUCCAGAGGGUAGUAGGCGUGAGGAUAGAUUGUCUUGUUCGGGUAAGCAAGAAACUGGGGUCGUCGAGCCAUUGCCAUUUCAGCGCCAUCCCGAAGCGACUGAAAUUAGCAAGGGGAAAGUUGUGUUCUUGGCUAAGCCCGUAAACACUAGUCUUGCAGGAACAAAGAGGAAAGAAACAGCAGUAGCAACAGGUACUGGUGAGCUUUCUAUAACAGGUGCAAAGAAGAAACCUCAGGAGUGGAGCUGUGCUUUGUGUCAAAUUAGUGCAACAAGUGAACAAGUCCUGGAAGAUCACCUCCGAGGGAAAAAACACAAGGCCAAGGAAGAACAGAUGAAAGCUAGUAAAAUGACGGUAAAGAACACUGGUAGCUCUACUCCAUUGCCAAAGAAAACGGACAAGCCCACCAAGCUAUCAGCUCUCAGUGAGGAACCGAAGCAAGGUAAGCAACAGGAAGGGAAGCAGCAGCAUGCUAAGCAAAAUGUUGUGACGUUGGUGCAGAAGAAACAAAAGAAAGAAUCCAAGAAAAAAACUGCAGAAGCACCACUUUCUAAAAAGCAAAAGAGAGAAGAUUUGAAGAAUAAAUUCAAACUGUGGUGCGACAUGUGUCAUGUAGGAGCAAAUAGCGAAAGAGUGAUGGCUGCUCACAAGAGUGGGAAAAAGCACAUGGCUCGGCUGAAGCWAGUGAAGCAAAAUGGUGGGGCUGACCCAGAUGCCACCACGAUGCCAGAUACUACUCAAGGAGAAUCGGAAAAUGGGGAAUUGGCAGCCAAAAUAACAGAGGAAAUGGAGAAUGUUGUCGAGGAGGUAGGUGGAGUGGAAGAUGCUGAAGAUGUUACUGAAAAUGCACUGAGUGAGUUGGUGGAAGCUGAAGCAACAGAGGAACUAGGAGAAAAUUCAGCAGAAGCUGAAGUGACUGACAGGCAAUUAGGGGCAGAAUCAGCUGAGGCAGGCCAUCUUCUGGAUGAGUAAUGAUGGUGCAGGAAAAUUACCAAAUAAUUUGUUUCUAGUUUUGAAAACAAAUGUUAGAGGGGAGAAGAAAUGGGGACUUUGUUGUGGACCUUGUGGUGACUUCUGACCUUGUUCAUAACUUACUCUAUAGUUUAUUUGAACUUCAGUUUUUCUUUUCUUUUAUUUUAAUUCAACCAUAGUUUAUUCUAUUUCUGCUAUUUGGGGCUAUGUUUGUUUGAAUCUUUGUUUUCAACUCAUGGUCGAACUGGACGAUUGGACCACUUUACCCGUUCUGGUUACAGGGUCGUUUCACCCCAAGCCCCAUUGUUCAUGAAAUACAAUAUCAAAGUCAUUUCUAGUUUA